AUGCCCGGAACCGCCCAACCGCCACUAAGUGCGCGGACAGCGCAGCGAAUUCACGAGCAAGUGACUCGUGAGGUCUUUCGACUCGCCGGCCGUGAUCCCGACAAUCACAUGGAAUGCUUCAAGGCUUGCAUAAAGACUAUCGAGAACACCAAAGUCAUCGAGACAACUGACUAUGCUAUUUGGGAGAGCCAGGAGCCAAUCGCAAGUCCUCUGAAAGAAUUCUCCAACACCAACCGAACCACCAAGAGCGGCAAUUUUUACACGCUCUCACCAACGACCGUCGUGGCUAUUGCCGCUACUCUGAACCUGAAGCACGUCAUCGCCAACUCUAAUGUCAAUAACAAACACGUCGUCAACGCUGUCUCCCCGAGUGCUGUGUGGGCUUACCUUGGUAUUGCCAUCAAUGCAUGGCCUCAGACUGGUGAGUGUCAGUUCUUGGUUAAGAAGUCUGGCGAAGAUUCAAAGUCUCCAACAGUUGGAAAGAUCACCCGGGGAAAGUUUGCAGUCACAACCAAUAUAUUCGGAGACACCACCACCCCUCUGAUGCUUCUGACCAUAGCGAGAUUUAACAGCUGGGUUAAGUCAGCAUCGGGUGCCCCUUGUUUGAAGAAGAGGACUGUCGACGUGCCGCAGAUCAUCCACCGCCGUCAAGCAUUAAGCGAGGGCAAGGAAAUUCUUGAGAAACUAGGAAACCGAAAGUUCAAGCAAAACGAUCCAGCUCUCAUCAGAGAGUGCAGCCAAGUCGCGAAAUCAUGGUUGCCAAUCAUCAAGGACGCAGACACGGAACUAUCAGUUUGGAAAUAUAUGGGCAAGACCGGUGCCACUCUUGCGUCCCUGGUUUCCGAUGAAAUUGACUGGAUUCAACUGGCUCAACAGGUCAAUGAUGCAGAAUCAACUGCAGCUGUAAAGAAGCUGGUUGAACUGUCAGACAAGGGUGCUUUCCUUGAUAUGGUUUCCAAAAUGGACGUUGCUGUCAUGUCUUCCCUCGACCUUGAUCUGGUCAGAGCCAAAGAUCGUCACCAGACGAGGCUCAACAUCAACGACGAUCUCUCCUACCGCAACGAAAUCAUGGCUAAUGUGGCCGAAGCUAUCUCCAGACUCGAGCGUGGAUCAGCAUCGCAGGAGCGACUUCUUCGUUCAAAGCUCUGCUCGAUCUUUGACGCAGCUGAUGCGCUGAUCCUGAAGGAGAACCUUCCGCGGGAGAUUAGCAUCGUGAUCUCGACCAAAGCCAAUGACGAAUAA